CUUUGGUGCCACACCAACACUGCGCGGCCGCGCGGGGGCUGUUGCAGCAGCGGCGUAUGGGCUGUGAAGCCUGUGGUGAUGCCAGGUGGUGCUGGCGUCCCUACAGGUGCCCUGGCGGGCACCGUCAAGUCCUGGAAUGGCAUGAAAGGCUGCGUGGCUGCAGCUACCCAAGGCAAAACUUGCAGAGUGCAGGUUCAUUGGACUAGCCUGUUGACUGAAGAGCUUCAGAGUGGAAGGGAGAGAAAAAGGCCUGAAGAGUGGAGAAAUGUGCAUUCGAAGUUCAUGACAGGUACUGUGGAUUUCAAGGCCCAGCAGGGGUCAGAUGGACGAUACAAAGCCUCCAUGGUCAGUGUGCCCUUCGCGGAGGGCUGGCCGGUGGUCGGUAGAAUCAAAUCCUACAGCGAAAAGCAUGGAUAUGGCAUCUUGGCAAGACUUGGCGGUGUGAAGGUGGUCGUUGCAUGCAAUGAUGAUAUGCACUUUGCAGGUCAAGAACGUUUCAUCGUCUCCUCCCAGAUGAACCAAGACAUUCGCUUCGACCGCAAUGUCAUCGACGUACCGGCCACGCCUGCUCUCCAGGGACAGCUGGUUGUCGUGGACAUUGCCAUCAGGCCAGAUGGCAAGUACAAUGCGUCGAGGGUCUCAUUGCAAGAGAACCCGAGAAUGGGACCAAUGCCGCCAGCAGCUCCAGCAGCAACGCCAUAUGUGAAUGGGAACAGGAUGCCACCGAUCGCCAGGGGCUCAGCUGAACACCAAGGGCUCAACUCCAUGGUAGGCAUUGUGAAGGCGUUCCUCGGCAGCAGGUUCAAUCUCCGCGCGGGCAUGGGCUGCCUGACUGUCAGUGGCUACGCGGGUGAUGUGGCCUUCAGUGCCUUGGCAGCCUUGACUGGGACGCUAGCAGAUGCCAGCGAUCCCGGCAUCAUCGUGGGCAGCAUGGUCUCCUUUAGUCCCUCUAACACCGAUGGACGACUCUGGGCCAACAACGUGCCUCGGAAAAUCGAGAUGAGCAGGGCAGUGGCCGAUGAGAAUUGGAAGAAUUGGAAGGUUCCAUGGUUUGUGACGACCAGAAUGCUGCUGAUUGCGGCGAUUGCCCAGGUCUUGCCCAUUGCGAGCAGCACCCAUUCCGCACCCGGGAUCGUGAAACGACCCAUGGACUUGAGCUCAGCAAGGGCAGGCGCCGAUCGCUGGAAGAAGCCACGGACGCACGAAGUCGCCACGGGGCAGUAUGCCUCCGGACAAAUCAAGACCUACAGCGAACAGAAAGGUUUUGGCUUCAUCCGCUCCGAUGGUCUGGCCGAAGACGUUUUCUUCUUGCGCACCUCGAUGCCCGAGGAGUGCGCCAAACUGGCGUACCGAGACACCGCUGGCACCGAGCUUGUGGGUUGCACGGUCAACUUUGAGCUGGUGAAGACGGUGGAUGGGAGACGUGGCAGUCCCAUAGAAAUCUCGAGCGCAUCAGGUGGUCUUUGUUCCAUAGGUCACAUGAGCGCAGCGCAGCGCAGUGGUGAUCUGGUGAUAUGGUGCAUCCUUCAUUGGAUGACA